UUCCGCGUAAAGUGCGCCGUGUUUGAAGUUAUCGCCUAAUGAUGUCUAUGGUUAUCUUAACACUCCUGGUUUUGUUAAGUGGUUUCUCAUCAUCUUCGAGUAGUAGAAAUAGACCUGGAGAUUUGGAUGAAAUUCUGUAUUUACCAGGCGCUUGGCCACAACCGAAUUUCAAGCAGUUCUCUGGAUAUCUUCAUGGGUCAUCUGAUAAGAUCAACAUUCAUUACUGGCUCGUCGAAGCUGCUUCGUCACCGGCGUCAGCUCCUCUAAUUGUAUGGUUAAACGGUGGACCAGGAUGCUCCUCCUUAGAAGGUUUACUUACUGAAAAUGGUCCUUACUUCCUCCAUAAAGGACCUCGUCUUGUGGAAAAUCCAUACUCCUGGAAUAAAAUUGCUAAUGUUUUAUACCUAGAGGCCCCAGUUGGUGUAGGAUUUUCUUAUUCUACUGCUACAUCUCAAGCAUGGGAUGAUGAUCGAACUGCUUUAGACAAUUAUCAUGCAUUGCUUCAUUUCCUGAAAAAGUUCCCCGAAUAUGAAGGACGUCGUCUAUUUGUUACUGGUGAAAGUUACGCCGGUGUUUACGUGCCAACAUUAAGUCUACUUCUUUUAAAUUCAUCAAGAUUCGACUUCAAGGCCAUUGCUGUUGGAAAUGGAUUGACUAAUUACAGAUUCAAUGAUAAUUCUCUUUUGUAUUUUAUUAAUUAUCAUGGUUUGAUUGGUAAAAAUUCAUGGAAUGAUCUAAAUAAUAAAUGUUGCAAAGAUAAAUGUUCAACCGUUUGUAUGUUCACCGAUAAUGAAUCACCUGAAUGUCAACAGAUUGUUAGUCAACUACAUGAAACUUCUAUGAAAGGAUUAAAUGAGUAUAAUUUAUAUUCUGAAUGUGCUGGUGGUGCUCAAAUGUCAUCUUUCAAUUCUAAUCGUUCAUUAAUGUCCAUUUCUGAAUUGUCUUCCAUUCUGGCAACAUCUAAGCAAUUUAUUCAUCAUGAUUUCGGUAAUCUGUUUCGUGAUAAUAUCUAUCUGAAAUAUCGUCGUUACGCCAAUUCUUUAAUACGUCAUAAUAAGACUACUCGUUUAAUUAUACCAUGUGUAGAUGAUACAGUGAUUCGUAGUUAUUUAAAUUCACCAAUAGUACGUCGAUUUAUUAAUGUAAAACUUGAUUUACCGAUAGAAUGGGAUGUUUGCAGUGAAACAGUUAAUGUCAAUUAUGUUCGAAUUUAUCGUGAUCUUACAGAGCAGUAUAUGAAAUUACUUCAAUCUAAGAUUUUCAUUUUAAUAUACAACGGUGAUAUUGAUAUGGCAUGUAAUUAUAUUGGCGAUGAAUGGUUUGUGGAUAAUUUAAACCUAACGACCAUAUCUCCCCGUUCACCUUGGUUAUAUGUUGAGAAAGAUGGUACAAAACAGAUAGGCGGAUAUUGGAAAUUGCUAUCAACCAAUGUAUCGAGUUUGGUGUAUACCACUGUUCGGGGUGCAGGACAUAUGGUGCCACGAGAUAAACCUGCUGCAACGUUUCAUAUGAUUAAUAGGCUCAUUCACUUCGAACCUUUUUAAUAUGUAGUGGACUGUAACAGGAUAUUUAACCAGCUGUCUAUAUCCCUACUUCUAAUUUUUGUUAUAAAACUACUGUCUAUGAUCCUUACCAUUGUGGUAUUUGUAGUUCUCGAAAUAUUGAAAAUUAUCAUUCUUUGCAUUUUUAUGCCCAAAUCUUAAGAUAUUGUAGCACUUUGAUUUUAUCUGUCUGUUUUAUAUCGUCAAAUUUGAGCUUGGCUACGGGACCGAAUUAUUAAGUUCUGUUUAUCUAUAUUUCCCGAUAUGUGUGAUUCUCACCUUACCAUCAUAACAGUAGGUCUUUGAUAAACGUCGG